AUGUCCAUUUCACUUUCAAUACACAAGCAGACGUCGCCCGACUCGGGCUUAACUGGUGGCACAACCCACCGCGAUCUUUCAUUGGGGCCCAACUCAACGGUACACGACUUGAGGAAGGCUCUUACCGCCACAGGAGAUAUGGAUCCCGGGGAUUUGUUUCUCCUUCCCUCUGGCUUUGCGCUUGCGCAAAUUGACGAAACCCAAAAGUCAUGGAGAAUCCUCGGAGAGAAAGAUACUAGUAUUUCCAUACUUUCAUCAUCUACAAUGCAAUCCUAUAGCUUACCCCAACCAGAAGCUCAUAACACAUCUCCUGGUCAUCAUUAUUAUAUUCAUUCUGCCGGUUUACUGUACAGAUACCCUCAGAAAAGCGAUGUGGUCUGCAAAGUGCGAGGUCCCGGUUCCGGACCACCAGACCUCGUAAAGCCAGAAAAAACGAAGGCACCCAACCCAGUUGUAUAUGAAGAUAUCAUCCAUGCUGCUCAGCUCCAGACCUUGCAGUGGAAAGAGUUAUAUGAAGCUAGCAGAUGCCUUUGCGGCGUCGUACUUGGGUCAGGACCCGACGAUCCAGGCCCAAUACCCGCUGCUCGUCAGCUGAUAGACAUAAAAAACUUGACAGAUUGUCUCACACAUUCCGUCGCUGACAUGGCCACACAACGGCUGCUCACCGUUUCUACCAAGCACAAUCAUAGUUAUGCCGUUUCGGGGUGGUCCAAAGGCGCCAUAAGAGUCUCCAUGCCAUUUGCCACGGCUGCGGUAGAGGCCAAUUACAAAGAGUCAUUCGCAAAUAACGCUUCAUCGGUGACCUCUCUUCACGCUUCUUCGCAGAUAAUCUGUCGUGCUCGACUCCAGUUUGACCAGUACAAAGUUCAGUUGACACCUGCGUUCUAUCAAGACCUCAACGAGGCCCUCGGGGCGGAUUCCGAUGAGGCGAAGCGUACAAAGUUGUACCAUCUAUUCCAGUCUUAUGGACAUGUGUUUGCAACCAGCGUCGUACUUGGAGGAUCCCUGGUCACCAGUUAUGAACAAACCACCCGAGGGGUCGCCGACUAUAGGGACGGUGAGAUCUCGAUUGACAUGCAAACCAUCGUGAAUCAAAUUGGCCUCCACGCCAGUGGAGGUAAGAAGUGGACGAAGCAAGACAACGCCGAAGCAGACGUCAAAAUGUCCGGAACUACAAUUAUCGGUGGGGACCAGCUUCUUAUGAAGGAGCCUGCGAAAUGGAUUAGCUCGUUGGGAGAUUAUCGCCGGUGGCGUAUCGUCAAGACUGAAAAGGUCAUUUCGAUACUCGACUUGGUGCCAGAAUACAAGGAUCAGAUCUUGGCCCUCGCCCCUGAGUUACGGAUCCCUGCGCUCCGUGGUGUUUGGGCAAAACGUACGGACCUUGGGUUCUCCUAUCAUGGCCUCAAAGGAUACAUUCCAGUAAUCAAGCCGGGCCAGCCAUAUUACUGGAUUGGCCAAAGCCUUGACGCUAGCCGUGUGCUACUUGUCGAGGAAUUGAUACCCGGUGCGCUCUGCGAGGUAAAUGACCCUGAAUCUAUCUGGAGUCACCGGCGUCGGUUUCCCUGGGUUUCACGCAAGACCGUUCAUUUAAUCGAAAUUACACCUCUGGAUAUUCAUCACUUCGCAUCAGUUGGUUCAUGCGUCUCCACAACCAAAACGCGCGCGAUCUGGUCCCAGGGGAGAAUUCCCACCUCCAUCGAACUGCCAUGGAACCGGUACCGUGCCGUAAAUCGUAAGCUUUUAGUCCGCGUAGCUCCUGGUGAAGAGAAAUUGUCUUGUUCGGCAAAGUCGGGACGUUUCAGUAUUUACUCAGUCUCUCAUAUCGGAUCAGACAAGGCUGAAGAGUCGUCAAUUAACUCGGGGCUCUUUGUCGCUCGUCUUGAUAGCAGCCCCACCGAUAUUUGGGGACUCCGAGCGGAUAAAGAGUUGCUCCCGUCCAUGACCGAGCAAUCACCUGAGUCCCUGGAAAACUACACCAAAUACUUGCGAACCCACCUCAAGCUCACACGUAUUCGUCAAUACGGUACUAAACGCAGCCUGCUUGUUUCGUCCCAAGUCGCACCAAACGGGUUUUGGACGAGCGAGGAAAAGGAACGGUUCUUUUCCGCGCUUGCUCGAUAUUCCAAGCUACGACCGGACCUUAUUUCUCUCGACGUCGGCUCGAACAAGACCGUGGCGGAUGUUGUUGCGUACAUUGACGUUUUGGAACGAGGACUGCGUGACGUCUCGAGGUUAGAGGUGGAUAACGAGGAAGAAGAUGUGCCAGUCGUCCAUCCUGCAGCAUAUACAGUCUCGCAAAAGUGGAUUGAAUUCGAGGAACAACAGGCUGUGAGACUGGCGGCGCAGGAGAAAGAGUGGGAGCGAAAGAUAGUCGAAAAGGAGCGACAAAUGGCUUCGAUACGACUGAGGAAGCAACUCGGGAAUGCCGCUAUCAAAGGACAGGAGAGAGACGCGGCGACUCGCGAGCGCGAAAAGCAGCUUCGGGCACAAUGGAAAGAGGCCCUACCUUCUCUUGAAGCACAGUGGGCUCGUGAAGAUAUGUUGGCAGAGCUCACGAAACCGGAUCUCGUACACAUGGAUAAGCUCAUACGGCGAGAGCGUGAGGCAGACGAGGAGCGUCGUCGAGCUGCGGCGAGGGAAGAAGGUGUGUCUCCGAAUGCUACUCCCGAGCCGGGCAACGAAGCGAGCGACGUGGAUGAACUGGACGCGAUGAUGGCCAAAGCCGAGAAAGCGCGGAUGAAGAUGAGGCUUGACAUGCGUCGAAGGCGUGCGAAAGCGGCAGGUGUCGAGUUUGACCCUUCGGAGAAACGACUCAAGCCGAUGAGGAUGAGAGAUCGAGCGCCUACGCAGCAAGGGGAUGUAGAGAUGGACGAGCAAGAGGGCGGAGAUGGGCAGGCCGAUUCAUCUAAGCAAGAGAUGAAGACUGUUCGACGUGGUGGUCCCAGUGUAGCUCAGAGGACCGAGAAACGCUUUAACGAAAUGCAAGUCGACUUUGGCGUGCUGCAUACCGAUGGUCUCGAUUUAUUUAAUCAUUCCAAGUUUGCUGGGUUAUGGAGUGUCUUUGCGGAAGGAGAAGAAACCACAGUGAAAUCCAUUUCCUACACAACUUUGAAGUUGUUUCGGUUAUUAUUGGAUCGAUACCUGUCCAAAAUAACCUCUAUGGCCAUUUCUCUUGCCGAAGAGGAGAAACGGGAGACGCAGACAUGGAAUUCAGACGACCAUGACAUUAUACGACUGCGGCACGUUCAUGGCGCUCUCAAUUUACUCGGUGUGCCCUCUUCUCAUCGGACCAAAGCGGGUAUUCUAGGUUGGACCCUGGGAGAAGACUCGAGUGAAGAAGAAGAAGACAUGGAUCUACCGAAUGACCUCUCCUAUGGAGUGACGUACCAUCCUCCACCUCUCGACAAGGAUGACGCUCCCAUGGACGUCUUGGUCAUGGUAGAUGAGCACGAAGAAAGGAUGCGGAAGGUGGAAGAGCUCGCGGAGGAUGCGCAUCUCGACGACCUGGACACGGCGCACGACGUACGGCACGAGCUCGACUUGUGGAAGUCGAUGGGCUUUACAGAUGUCACUGCGGAGACUAUCAGGACUGCGGACAAGGGAUUGCCACUUGACGACCAGAAGGACUGGACCGACGACGACGCAGCCGUGGACGAACCCCGAAACCUACGCUCGCUGCGCUUCCGCCCGCCAGGAGGGAAUGUGCAGAGCCAGGCGUUUAUUCUUUCCGAAGACGAAGAAGAGAUGAACAUGUCGUCGCUGUGA